UUCAUGGAGGCCGCUGUGGCGGUCCCGGUGUCCCCAUCCCUGGGGAUCCCGGUCUCCCCAUCCCUGGGCACGGGAGUGACCGUCUGCGGGCGGCGAGGAGAGGGCAGGGCGGCGGGCCGCGUGCCGCCAGGCGGCGGGGCCCCGCUGGGAUUUGUCCUUCUCCUUCCAGGCGCGCUCGGGAGGUGGUGCUGGUGCCCCGGGCUGGCCGCGGGGCUGAGGGGCCGCAGCGGGGCUGUUGUCCUUGUUGUGGCGGAGCUAAAGGAGAUAGGCAGGAGCUGAAGGAAGUGGUUGGGCAAAAGCGCUGCCCGUCGUCCAGGGGCGCGGCUGGCGGCUCCGUGCUCUGGUUCCCCGUGCUGGAAGCUGGAGGUGUCACGGUGCCGCUCUUGGCGCCCCAGGAAAAUACGGUGUUCUGACUGUUCAUGCUGGCUGCGUAGCUUAUUGCUGACAAUAUUUAUCACUGAAGAGCUCCUGGUGCAGGUGGCAGAGGGGAAUGGCUGUGAGAGCUUGUGGCUUGAUCAUCUACAGGAGGCUGCAGCCAGCACCAGCCUCUAAGGUCACUGACAGCAUCGAGUACCUCCUGCUUCAGACAUCCUACGGGACCCACCACUGGACCCCGCCCAAAGGCCACGUGGACCCUGGGGAGGAUGACCUGCAGACAGCCUUCCGGGAAACACAGGAGGAGGCUGGUCUGCAGGCCAGCCAGCUCACCCUCAUCGAGGGCUACAGGAAAGAGCUGCACUACCCUGUCCAUGGCAAGCCCAAGACCGUCGUGUACUGGCUGGCAGAAAUGAAGGACUGCAACACAGAAAUCAAGCUGUCGGAGGAGCACCAGGCUUUCCAGUGGCUGAAGCUGGAGGAUGCUUGCAAAUUUGCAGAAUACGAGGACAUGCAAGCAAUGCUGAAAGAAGUGCAUCAGUUUCUCUGCUCCAGAGAAUAAGUGGUUUUGUGAAGUAUAAGGGGAUUUCUUGAGACAGGUGUGCUUUUUAUGUUUUAAACUGGAGGAGAAUUAUAUGGCUGCAGAAAUGUAGAUUUCUUUUUUUUUUUUUUUUUUUUUUUUAAUCUGUAGAAAUUCAGUGAGGAUACAUGGAGCUUUUAAAGAGAUUGUGCUUUUGUCUCUCCUAGCUAGCACAAAAAGUGUAGUCUGAUUGAACCAUAUGCCAGAGACGUCUGAAUUGAAGCCCAGAGC